AUGGGAGUUGCGACAUCUGAUCCUGUCACAGCACACCCUCAGCCUUCGCAAUCUGAGCUACCGUAUCGGCAAAGCGAAUACCAGCGCCGAUUCCAGAAGUGGGAAGAGAAGUAUCAGCAAGCUCAUGGCCAUUUGUCUGAAGGAUUAGGGGAUAUAAUUAACAGCUAUAUAUCAGCGAGCGACCAGGUUCUUCAACCUGAGCCCCAGCCAUUGGAGGGUGAGCAUGAAGAAUCACAACACACAUUUCCUGAAGGAAUGGAAUCUAUGUCCACUGACCUCAUGUCGACAUGGAAACCUUCGGAAGCUGAGAUUCAGCGGUGGAAUGAGCAAUUCUGGGGAUCUACUAGUCAAUGUUCUGUGAGACAGGAACCUUUGGUGAGCGAUGAAGGUUUACAAGACCCUCAGCAGCCCCUUUCACAAACUCAGCAGAACUUCGCACCACAAAAUCUGGGUCAGGAUCAGUCUCGCGCCGGAGGAGAAGCUCUGAGCGGUCUUCCUGCAUCACAAUGUCACCACAUAGCCUCGACACCACCCCCACAAACCUUCAAUCUUCGAUUGCAACCAGAGCUACUUGCUCAGCAGCAACUGCUGCCAGAAUCGCAAUCUGAAAAGGAGCAGCCGGUGCCAGUAUUUUCUGGCCAAAUUGCCGGCGAUUGCCGGAUCCAAUGCCCAGACUGUAUUUUAAAAUUCAUGAAUAGGCAACAGCUGCACUCGCAUGAAGGACUUCAUCUAUCUACAAAACCUCACAUCUGUCCUUUCUUCGGAUGCAAUGCCCGGUUCAACGAUAAGAUACAGAUGAAGAAUCACAUUUCAGGUCACAAUGGACAGAUUAUGUGUGGCUAUUGUGGGGAGUUCUUUCUGAGCUGGCAAGCACUUACUUGGCACAAGCGUCAGAAAGAACAUUCAUAG